AUGACCAAAACUCAUCGGAAAGCAGCUUCCAGUGCCGAGGACGCCUUUCAUCGCCAUUAUGCAGCCAUCUGGGGCGAGGAGAGAUGGCAGAACUCUCUUUACCAAGCUCUUCUCCAGCCAACAAGAUACGCUUGCGUUUUGAAUCGAUAUACUCCCUUGACGAAGUCGGCAGAAGUCAUUAAGGACGAAAGCGUGGACAUUCGAGCGCUCGACCUUCCAUUCUACAACGAUGACAUGGUCCCCAACGUCUUCGUACGGUAUCAAAAGGCAGAUUUGACCCAAGAUGUGAAAUCCAAUGUGCCUUCCGACACUCCUUUCCCAACUCCUGAGCCUUCUAUCAACAAGCUGCUUUCACACUGGAAUCUCGAUGCUGCGUCUGUCCUGGUGGCAAGCCUGAUGAACAUUCAGCCGGGACACAACGUACUCGACCUCUGCGCGGCUCCCGGAGGCAAGUCUGUUGCUCUGUCACAGCGAAUCUGGCCGCAUCUGCAUCAAGACCCCUCGGAACUGAAACAAAAGACCUUUGCAAAGGUCUCAACACGCACCGGACAUCUGCAUUCCAACGAAGUCGACGGUGCUCGAUUCAAACGGCUUGCAGAGAACCUGAAGGUGUACAUGCCCAAAAUUGUAGUCGACUCUGCGCAGGUGAACGCUUUCCGUGUUGAUGGAGCCAAGUCAAACGCAGACUAUGGAUUUCGAGUGAGGACGAACGCGGGUACUGUUGGGUACGAUAAGGUGCUGGUGGAUGCGCCUUGCUCGUCGGAGAGACAUAUCAUCCACGCGCAAGCGAAGGCGUCUGCCUCUGGGAGAUUCGCCGAGGACAUGGCGAAUUGGCGGCCCGGGUCCUCCAAGCGACUGGCAGCGACACAGAUCGACCUUCUCAUGACGGGCUUGAAAGCGGCGACUACUGAUGGCACUGUGAUUUACGCGACCUGUUCGAUUGAGCCUACCGAGAACGAUAACGUUGUGGAGAAAGUACUUGCGCAAGUUGAGAAGGAGCGGAAGAAGGGCUCGAAGUGGAAUGUCAAGGUUGGGCUCAAUGCUGGCAACGGCGACAAGGCACUGGAGGAGGAGCUGGAAAAGCACUGGGCGGAGAAGACGAAAUAUGGCUGGAUCGUGCUACCGGACCAUCCCAGUGCAGAACGCUGGGGUCCUCUAUUCUUUGCUGUCCUGACCAAGGGAUUCGAUUAG